AUGGCCACAUCUUUGUUUCCAACUCCGGUACCUCGAAGAAAGUAUCCUGUCGAAUUCAAAGCCGGGAAACUUAAACGAGAGGAAGGCUCGAAUUGGUUGAAGGCUGACGAAAGAAAGGGACUCAUAUACAUGGAUCAGGGUGAAGAUCAAUUGAUGCAUUUCUUCUGGAAAGAUAGAAAAGCCAAUACCGUGGAGGAUGAUUUCAUUCUCUUCCCUGAUGAAGCCGAAUUUAUUCGAGUAGAUCAAUGUACAACUGGUCGUGUAUAUAUACUUAAUUUCAAAUCAUCUUCCCGUAAAUUAUUUUAUUGGAUGCAAGAUGCAAAAGAUGAAAAGGAUGAAGAAAACGUUGCAAAGUUGAAUCGAUUAAUUAACGAUCCCCAAGGUGGAUUAGCGGAAAGUAGACAACAAAAUAAUGCAGGUCAAUUAGGUAGUCCUUUUCGAAAUAUGGAUGAUUUGGGGUUUGGAGUGGAUCAAGAGCAGUUGUUGCAAUUACUUCAAGGCGGAUUAGGUGGGCUUCCCAUCACGUCAACUACUCCUGCCAGCGAGCCACAAUCUGCCACAGCUGCGACUUCAGAAGCUGGUUCUGGUGCACAGACAACUGAACAAAACACUGGUUUUACUCCCGAACAAUUGGAACAAUUAGGUAGCUUGAGAAAUGUUUUGCCAAGUAUACAAAACCCAGAGGGAGGAACGAGGCCUGACGUAAAUCUGCAAGAUGUUCUAUCACCCAAUGCUAUUGGACCCUUAUUAAAUAAUCCAGAAAUAUCAUCAGCUCUAUUUCCUCAUCUACCAUCCAAUAUUGAAAGAUCGCCUGAAGAAUUAAGUGCUGUUGUUAACAGUCCACAAUUUGCUCAGGCAUUACAAUCUUUAAGCAUGGCUUUACAAUCGGGCCAAUUAGGACCUUUGCUGACUCAAUUGGGUUUAGAUCCAUCAGCCGGAAAUGGCGUGGAGGCGUUUCUUCGCGCUGUUCAGGAGCAAGCGGGCAGACGACAAAGAGAUCACAAUGACGACGAAAAUGCCGAUGACCAUAGCGGUGAUAGAAUGGAAGAGGAUUAG